AUGCUACCUUCAGCAGCGCCGAGGCUUAUCGUGCUACUCAGAACCACCAACAUCUGCGGUCUCAGUAUAGCUCUGCUGGCCCUGCCGGCUCUGCUGGCCCUGCCGGAUGCUCAGCAGGAGGACCACGACCACCCUAACCCGUCGGAUGAUGUCGAUGCUGCACCGCAGAAUCCCUUCCUACAACAAUUGUCAUCUGAGACGAAUCCUGAGACAUUGGAGAAGGGCGUCGAGAAAGCUAUGGAGUUGCUCGAGAUGCUCCAGACAUCCAUGGAUAGUGGCCAAGCCAGGAGUCGUGACGCGGCACAGUGGCUACAACAGAUCGCGGACCUGAAGAAGGAAGCUGUCCGUAGUCGUACAGUCAUUGGUGUCGUCGGAAAUACCGGUGCCGGUAAAAGCAGCGUCAUCAACGCCCUACUUGAUGAGGAGCGUCUCGUUCCUACCAACUGCAUGCGUGCUUGUACAGCUGUAGUCACAGAGCUCUCCUGGAACGAUAGCAACGACGAAGGAAAACGGUACCGGGCGGAUGUCGAAUUCAUCAGCCCCGACGACUGGUACAAAGAGCUCAAGACCCUCUUUGAUGAUAUCUUGGACGGCGGUGGCAAUAUAUCUAAGGAGGCCACUAGUAACCCGGACAGUGAGGCUGGUAUAGCUCUUGCAAAGAUUCGUGCUGUCUAUCCGAGCAGGACGAGGGAACAGCUUGCGAGUGGUGGACUUGAGGGUUUGAAGCGCGAUGCGAAAGUGAACAACAUCCUCGGAACCGUGAAGCACAUCGCCGACAGUGAGAACUGCAACUUCUACAAGAAGCUCCAAACUUACGUGGACAGUCAGGAGAAGAACACGGGAAAAGAGAAGAAGGACAAGAAGGCUGAUACGAAGACCAUGGAGUACUGGCCUCUCAUCAAGGUUGUCAAGAUCUACACUAAGGCGCAAGCGUUAUCGACCGGUGCUGUCCUUGUUGAUCUUCCCGGAGUUCACGACUCAAAUGCAGCACGUGCUGCUGUCGCCGAUGGAUACAUGAAGAAAUGCACAGGUCUUUGGAUAGUGGCACCGAUAACACGCGCUGUCGAUGACAAGGCAGCCAAAUCGCUACUCGGUGACUCCUUCAAGCGACAGCUCAAACUGGACGGGACUUACGGAAACGUAACCUUCAUUUGCUCCAAGACGGACGACAUCUCUAACCAGGAAGCUGUACAAAGUCUCGACCUGAGCGAGACCGCUGAAGAGUCCUGGCAAGAGGCGGACCGAUUGAGGAACCAAGUCAAAGCGCUCAAAGACCAGUUGAAAGAGCAUGCCGAUGCCAAAGAAACUUACCUCGGCGUCAUAGACGAGUGUGAUGAUCAACUCGAAACCUGGGAGAAGCUGAAAGAUGACCUGCAAGAUGGCACGACGGUUUAUGCGCCGACCAAGAAACGGAAGAGAUCAUCAGCCAAGUCCCGUCCGCAGAAAAGGCAGCGCCGCACUACCGGCUCGGACGACGAUUCUGCUGACGAAGUCUCUGAUGCGUCUGAAGCGUCGGACGCUGAGGUUGACAGCGAGGAUGAUCGAGAGGAUCGACUCCCACUAACUAGUGAGGAAAUCGAUUCAAAGGUCCAGGAGCUUCGAUCCCAGAAAAGGAAUGCCAAGGCUGAGCGAGAAUCAAUAGACGCACAGCAGAAAGCACUCAGGAGAGAGAUCAAGGCUCUUAAUGAGAGGAUUGCGGCUAUUGACCACGAGAUCAACUCUCUGUGCAUCAGAGGCAGAAACGACUACUCUCGAGGAGCAAUCCAGCAGGACUUCGCAGCUGGAAUCAAGGAGCUAGACCAAGAGACCGCGCAGGAAGAAGACGAGGAGAACUUCGACCCCAACAAGGAGAUCCGUGACUACGACGAAGUUGCCCGCUCGCUUCCGGUCUUCUGCAUAAGCGCGAGAGCCUUCCAGAAACUCAGCGGUCGGUUCAAGAGGGACAAGGAUGUGUCCGGAUUCAGCAAUGCCGACGAAACGGAGUUGUCACAGCUUCAAGCACACUGCAAAAAGCUUACCGAAUCCGGUCGUGCCGCAGCCGGUCGUAGAUAUCUUAACAAUGUUUCUCAGCUCCUCAAUUCUCUGUCCAUGUGGGCAUUCAACACCAGAACCACCUCUCAACUUACUGCCUCACAGCGGCAGAAAGAAGCUCAAUUUCUACAGACCAAGUUGAGGGAGGCCGAUCAUGAGCUUUGUAGAGUUGUCAAUGAGACACUCUCUGGUUUGUCUGAAGCUCUUACUGAGAACAUUUACGACAAAUAUGACCGAGCUAUUGCAAACGCUUCUGAUGCUAGCAUUUCGACAGCCGAAGGAUGGGGCAAGCCUCGGAACCAGGGUGGGCUUCACUUUGGAACAUACCGCGCAACUACUAGGCGGAACGGUGUAUUCUCAGGAGCUUCUGGUCCUCGCGAUUUCAACGGCGAACUCGCUGAGCCAAUGAUAAAGCAAAUUGCUACGGGCUGGGAACGGGCGUUCCAACGUGCUCUUCCUGCGCAGCUGGACAAGUUCAAGACCAACACGUUGGAGGUCUUGACCAAGUUCCAUAACACCGUAACCAAGCGAGCCAGCGACUUGGGUGUCAGUCCGGCUAUCGUUGCAGGACUCAGUAGGCAGCUCAACAACACCCAACCUUUCCUCACAGCACAGAUUGAGGCGAUCAAGACGAUGAUGACAGAGGCUCAGAGGGAGGUGAACAGAGAGUUCACACCCGUCAUUGCUGCUGCGAUGGAGCAUGCGUACGAGUUAUGCAACGGAGAGCGUGGGGGCGGAUGCUACAUGAGGAUGAAAGGACACAUGUCUUCGCAUGUGUCUCAGAACCGUACAACGAUGUUCCAGGACGCAUGUGAUGCUGUCAGGGAUCGGCUGACCCAGCUGACAGGAGUAAUAAAGCAGGAACUAGCUAAGCGUGCUCAUACCGUCCAUUCAAACGCCCAAAGGGAUUAUGUCAUGGUUCUUGGCAACAUUGGAACAGUCGAGGCUCCGCCACCGGGCGAACUUAAGCUCAAGAGCGAAGUUGCAGAUAUCCUGGAGCGCGGUGAAGAGGAUUUCCGUCGUCUUGUUGAGGGUGUGGAGGAGGACGCUGGUGACGGACCCGACCAGGACGUAGCUCUUGAUAGUCAACCUGUCAAGAGUGAGAUGGACGAUACGAGCCAAGCGAUGCAGGAGCAGACAGAAGCAGCGUCUACCGCACGGGUUCCGGAGAGCGAAAAUCAGGUGUACGAGGAUCGGGUGAACGAAAGUCCAAGCCGUGGUUUGAACACCCCAGCGCACCGCAAUACGAAUGACGUUCUGACGAGGACCGGAUCUGAAGAGAAGGAGAACUCCGAGAUUCGUUCCCACAAAGCUGGCACCCAGACACUGAGCUCUAACACUGCCACUGCAGAGACUGCUGUCCUCCAGUCUCUCAGCGACAACAUUUGA